ACGCAUAUAUAAAAUAUAUUAUUGUACUAACAGAAUCCAAGUUACAUGAACUAUAUAUAUUGUAUUCAUGUAGUGCAUAGACAACACUAUCACGUCGAUUGCUUCUAGAAUAUAUUGUUUAAAAAACGUUAAGCUAAUAGUAUAUGCUGUCUACGCCAAGCUAAUAUUUGCUUUUGUAUAUAAUAGUGGCUCAAAGGACACGUGGCAUAUUAAGCCCUUGCCAAAUGCGAUUGACAUUUGGCUCCACGUUAAUUAAGUUCUUCGCAUUCACAUCCUUAUAUAAACAAAUGAAACGGAGAAGGUAAGAGUGCACCCACGGAUUGACAUUUAUAAAACUUAAGAAACUCCUUUUGGCUCGUCGACCCUUUUAUAAGAGAACAAAACUAUUAUUCUCUAACGUCCAUCGGUGUAUACAUCCUUUUUUGAGUUACCAACUAAAGAUGGGAAGAUUACCUUGUUGUGACAAGAAUGGAGUGAAGAAAGGACCAUGGACGCCUGAGGAGGAUCAGAAACUCAUCGAUUAUAUUCGAGUUCAUGGUCCGGGCAACUGGCGUAUUCUCCCUAAAAAUGCUGGACUCCAAAGGUGUGGAAAAAGCUGCCGUCUUCGAUGGACCAAUUAUCUAAGACCAGACAUCAAGAGAGGAAGAUUCUCCUUCGAGGAAGAAGAAACUAUCAUUCAGCUACACAGUGUUAUGGGAAACAAGUGGUCCGCAAUAGCAGCUCGUCUACCUGGAAGAACUGACAACGAAAUUAAAAACCAUUGGAACACUCACAUCCGCAAGCGACUUGUAAGGAGUGGCAUCGACCCUGUAACUCACUCUCCGCGCCUUGAUCUUCUUGACUUGUCCUCACUUCUAGCCGCGAUUUUCAAUCAACCAAAAUUUUCAUCAGUUGCAACAAAUGCAUCGUCUCUGCUUAAUCCUGAUGUAUUGAGGUUGGCUUCUCUUCUCUUGCCCCCUCAACAACCACUUCAAAACCCUAAUACACUUUACGCAUCGAACCUCGACCAAAAUCUUCAAACUCCAAACACAUCAGUAUCGUCUCAAGACUCUCAACCACAAGCCGAGUGUACAGCUCCAACAAAGGAUGAAACUUCAUAUUUUGAGCCUAUCAUGAACGCAAGACUCGAGGUUGGUCCUUCAGAUGUAUUACCCCCGUUGUCAGAGAGUUUUGACUUAGACUCACUCAUGUCAACGCCAUAUUAUUCUCCACAACAAAAUAACAUUGAAGCAGAAGCCAACUCCAGCAGUUUAUUCGACUUUAGGUUUCCGGAUAAUUUUACCUUUGAUGACUUUAUGGGGUUGCUUUAGUUGUCUUUUGUCAAC